AACAAACGACGCGACAUUAGAUGGCCCUAUCAAUUGGCUGAAUCGCCAUCAAAGGAAAGCACAUUCAGUAUCACAUGUUAAGUGGGAAGCACAAAUGUUAGGCAUGGCCAGCACGAUGAACACCAGGCGAAAGCCAGACCAACAGCCAUUCACACACACACCGCAGCAGCACAACCUCGGGUACCCAGGCAACCUCUCUCUCUCUAUCGUGUUGGGGCGGGAUUGGCACUUGGCGCGCCCCUCUUUAUAGUAUGUCCCACUUGGCUGAUGAAUGACGGAUCCGUCCAUCCAUCCACCACCCACCACAUCUGUCUGCCAGAUACUGUACAGUACACUCUCCCUUCCUGUCUCGCUUUCCACCACUCCACCAACCCUCCCUCAAGGUAUACAUGUGUGUGUGUGCAUGGGUGUCAUCCAUGCAUCCUCCCGUGCUCCCAUCCAUCCAUCCAUGCAUCCAGCCAGCCAGCCAGCCAGCCAAGUACGCACACUGCCCCCCCCAACACGCCCGUACGAUGCAGGCUAAUUCAGGCGCUUUAGUCGCCCCCUCUCGUCGCGCGUCCACUCAACACCAGCAGCACUAGCCCCAGCACCACGGGAAGCCUCACGUCGGGCCCUCUUGGGCGGUGAUGGACGGCCGUGCUGGCGAUCUGCAUCCAUGGUGGCGGCCGGCUCUCGAUGUCGGCGCUUGCGGCGGGCAGCCAGUGGCACAUCGUCAUCGAUGUCGCCGUCGGGCUGCUGCAAUAUGGGCGGAGGGAAGCUGAAGACAGACAGACAGAUAGCGAGAGUCGUUUGGCUCAAUGUCUGUGUGCCUGUCUCGGCGUGUGGGUGCGUGAGGUACCUACCCAGCGAGUUCGCCGCCAUCUGGUGAUGGCACCAGGACGUCUUCAGCAACUCCUGCUGCUGCAGCUGCUGCCGCUGCCGCUGCUGUAGGGGCUUCUAGGUCUGCAUGGAUAAGCCAACACCACACCACAUCACACCACACCACAUCACAUCACAUUACAUCACACAGAGAGAUUGAGGGAAUGCAUGCAUAGCCCGAGAUUUUCGAUGGUCUGUCCGCUCACCAAUAUCCAUCCCAUCGCCACGACCUCCCCAGUCGACACGCCGACCACCACCGGCACCACACGCAGCCAUAUCCCCCUCCCGCCCGUCCGCACACUCACGGGGAUCGUCAUUGUCGUCCUUUGCGUCCUCGGCUGUGGUUUUGGGCUUCUUGGCGAAGGCCGCCUCCCGGGCACGGUCCUCUUCCUGCUCAUCGUCAUCGUCGAGGAAACCGCGCAGACGCCGCAACUUGGCUGCACACACCCAGACAGAGAAGGACAGUUCAAAUGUCAGCACCCUAGCAUAUGUAUUCUCCCUCCCUCCCUCCCUCCCUCCCGCCCCCCUCUCUCUCGGCUUACACUUCGUUCUUUUCUGUCUGGGCAGUAUGUCCUCCUCUGAUUCAUCAUCAUCACACUUCAUCGGCUCGUCCUUGACCAUCCCACCGUCGCCACCACCAGCCGCCGCCGCCGCCGCCGCCGCAGCUGCAGCAGCGGGCUCACUGCGGGCAUCCCCAUCCCCCUCCGCCUCCUGGUCCUCUGUGUCCUGAGGAUCGUCUGCCGGCGGUUUGGGUCGGGCAGUGUCGUCGUCAAUGAGCAU